UGCCGAUGCCGCGCACGAGCCAUGUUCAGAAAACAAACGAACCCGCGAGCCACCAGGGCCUCUUAAAAGAGGGAGAUAUGUGUAUCGAUGCUGCCGAUGAGUGCCCCUGGUUUCCGCAGAACCGCCUGAUAGACGAAAUGAAGCAGCUGCCUGCAGAAACUGUGCGAUUGCUGUCGAGCUCUCAAGUCAUCACCUCUGUGGUCAGUGUGGUCAAGGAGUUGGUGGAGAACUCACUGGACGCAGGUGCCUCGAGCGUCGACGUGAAACUGGAGAACUUUGGGCUAGAUCGCAUAGAGGUGGUAGACAAUGGAUGUGGAAUCAAAGCUGCCGAUGCUCCAGUGAUGGCCGUCAAGCAUUACACCUCCAAGAUUUCUUGUCACAGUGACCUUGAGCGCCUGGAGACCUAUGGGUUCCGGGGAGAGGCUCUGGGAUCAAUUUGCGCUGUGUCUGAGGUCAUCCUGACCACAAAAACAGCUGAUGACAAUGUCAGUACCCAGUACACACUGGACCACAAUGGAAACGUCACGUCCAGGAAGCCAUCUCAUCUUGGCCAGGGUGCCACGGUGAGCGUCUUCAAGCUCUUUAAGAACCUCCCGGUGAGGAGGCAGUUCUACUCUAGUAGUAAGAAGUGCAAGGAGGAGCUGAGAAAGGUGCAGGAGCUGCUAAUGGCCUAUGGCAUCAUCAGGCCAGCCCUUAGAGUCCUGCUGACCCACAACAAGGCGGUGGUCUGGCUGAAGGCCAAGGCAUUGGAUCACCGAACAGCCCUGAUGGCGGCACUGGGAACCAGCACUGUGGCCUCCAUGGUGCCUCUCCAGCAUCGGCAGGAGCAGCCAGAGAUCAUUCUGGAAGGAUUCUUCCCCAAACCUGGCUCUAACCCCAGCUUGAUGAGCUCCACUACACCUGACCGCACGUUUGUGUUCAUUAACAAUAGACCUGUCCACCACAGAGACAUUCUCAAGCUGCUGAAGCGACAGUAUGGGGCCCAUGUUGGCGGGGAAGGAGCCCCCAGCCGCUACCCAGCGCUCAUGCUGAGUGUCACUGUCACUGCCUCUGCCGUCGACGUCAACCUCACCCCUGACAAGACCCAAGUGAUGCUUCAGUGCAAGGAAGCUGUUUUAUUGGCCCUGGAAACCAUGCUGACAUCACUCUAUUGCCCGGAGUCCAGUGGGCCACCCCCUAUUGUCCCAAAAGACCCUAAGUGCAGAGUGGAGGAAGACCCCGUGUGCCAAACCGCCCCUGACUGUCCGGGGCCCCCUGCGGUUGAUGACACGGCCCAGGUCACACCAUCGGACCGGCAUUCUGAGUGCGAGAAACCUGUGAGCGAAAACACCACCAGCAGGUCAGCAAACACAAGCUCCUCGUCCUCGUCAGAGGACUGGGUCAUCAACAGCUCAUGCAGCUUUGAGCUGAACCUCUCUCUGACUGGCGAGGAUGGCAUCACGAAUGUCACCGGGGUGUCAGAGCCAGACAUUGUGGAUGGACCCAAACCAGGUCGGGACAGCAGUAGCUGUGUUCCCGAGGUCUCCCCGGUGAGCUGGAGUAUGGGCCGUGGGCUGCUGGACCCGGACACGGGGCAGGCCGUCUCGCCCAUGAGGGUCCAUGUGUCUGUGCCGGAGCCCAAGAAGGCGGCUAAACUGACAGCCUAUGACCUGAUCAGUAACCGCACUGUGCGCCAGCCCCUGUCAGCCAGCGCCAUGUUCGAGCAGGAGAACCGGACCACUGUCCAGCGGGAGAAGCCCGAUGCCAGUGAGCAGGAUGUGAGCACCGCCCUGGAGGAGAGAUGGAAAAACCUGGGGGUGCAAGAAAGGAAGAAGUAUGAGGAGAAGGCUGAGAAGGACCUACUGCGCUAUCACCUCCAGUCAAAGCGGGCUGCAGAGAGAGUGAGCUCAGAAAAGCAUCCCAGGCCAUCUCCUCCUGCUGGUCCAGGCCAGAAACGCAAGGCCCCUCUGUCAAACCUGCAGGUCCUGGACCAGCUGUUCCUCCAGCCUCCCAGUAAGAAGAAGCCCCCUCCAGAGAAGCAGUCUAUCCCAGUGGCGUUCAGCCUGGCGGCACUGAGGCAGAGGUUGAUCAGAACCACAAUGGGCCGCCGGAUCGACUCAGAUACAGGGGGGGUGCAGCUCGUGGGCCGCCUGCCCUCACACAGCGCCUGGGUCAUCCUGCGCGGCUCCCACCUCUUGCUGCUGGACCCGUCCCGCAUAGAGGAGGUGCUUCUCUUCACCCAACUGCUGGAGACCAACAUCAUCCCCACCCGCCUGCUGGAUGCCCCGGUCACCUUAACCAACAGUGUCCUGGGUGACCCAGCAAACAUGAGGGCUCUGUGCAGCAUGCAGAAGGACCCUCCCGAGCUGAGCGGGGCCGCCUACUUUACCGACCCCAGGCUCGUGGCCAACGGCUUCCAGAUCCGGCAGAUCCCUGGACAGUUAAUUGAGGCCAUUCAGCUGAACCACAGGGAACAAGAAGCCCAGCUCUCCUUAACCCUUCUGCCACCUGCUGUCCUGUAUACAUAAUGCAGCAGAGGCAUUUGAGAGAAGCAUGCCUGGAGCAUUAUCAUUAACAUUUCUUCUGCAUUGGGGACCGUCAAUUUCUUUUGUAAUUAUUUAAUGUCCCACAAUGUUUGUUAGUGUUGGAGAGGAGCACAGGGCCUUGGGAACACCCCUGCCUGCAUAACAGAUCCUGAAAACACGGUGCCUGUCCUCCCUGGACAGGCUGAGCUGGAGCCUUCAUGCUAAACCCAUCUCCAGCCCAGGAGGAAAUUGUAAUAGCCAUUUAGCACUCUAUUUGGCAUGCCGUGUGUUUGCCUUGGUGUUGCCCCAAAUUGUAAAUCAAAAUAUUUAUUUAUUAUUCUUUCCUGGAGAAACUUUACUGCCCAGAGUAUAUUAAUGCUUGUUUUCCGCUUCGCUUGGCCAGGCCCUCUGUCCCCAGAGCCACAUCUGGAAGUGGCUGCAAUGGCUGACUGCAUCCCCUGCUUCGGCGUAGGCGAUCUCAAGGAAAUUUUGAGGGCUGUGGUCGAGAGGCAGGCGGCGAGCGUGAAGGAGUGCAGGCCUCU